GAUUUGAAAAAACUGAAUACAAUAUUCGAAAUACGCGAUAGCGAUAUUGAAGUCCGAGGAAGAAAUAUGAGUGAUUUCGCUGAUAUCAUCAUGGCUGAGAAGAGGAUUCAGAGGGAGUUGAAGGAGUAUGAAAAGGAGUCAACAACAACUUGGGGAUAUGUUUUCCAUCCAAACAUCGAUGAAAAUGGCAGGAUAUGCCUUGACAUUCUCAAUGAUCAGUGGAGCCCGGCUUUAAGGAUAUCAAAGGUUUUACUGUCAAUCAGCUCUCUUUUGACCGAUCCGAACCCGGACGACCCGCUCGAGCCAGAGAUUGCUCAUGUGUAUAAGACCGACAGAGCGAAAUACGAUGCAAUUGCUCGAUCCUGGACUCAGCAAUUCGCCAAGCCCUGAGAACCAUUUCAUUAGUUAUUUUGCAUUAAAAAAAAGACUCUUUUUAGCUUCAAAUCCUGUUCAAUGACUAAAGUUUGGGAUUUCGUCAAAAAAAGGGGAUAAACAAAGUUUGGACUUGCUCUCCACGUAUAGUUUCUCUUGGGCUCGCUUUGAGACCUAUAUACAACUUUUAUUAUUUUUGUUUUC